GAGGUGAUAUAUAUUCUUAUUAGGAAAACAACAAAUCAAUUAUAAAGUAACACUUAAGCUGCGAAAUAACAAAGAAAGCCCAUAGAGGACUCCAAAGAUGUAAAACUGAUAUUUUUCUAAUUUAUUAAUUGUUGUGAAAACCACACAGCAUGCUCUUUUAUAAUAUCUGAGUACUCUAGCUACCCAGAACAAAUUAGUUACCUUGUUCUUUUAAUACUCUCUUUCUCUCUCUACUCAUGAAGAAUCUCCCAGUUGUGAUCAUCACCCCUUCCUACUUGUUUAUUCUCUUCUUUUAUCACAUCUCUACCGUUAACUCCUCUACCACUCCUGCCUAUAUCCCCGUCGAUAACAUUGCCCUCGAUUGUGGGGCCUCGACUGAAGACGACACGGCUGCACCAGAUGGCCGAAUAUGGAUAGCAGAGGAACCCUCUAAGUUCGCUCAAACACAAGCUAAUACUAAUAGCAGCUAUGUUUCCGUGGCCAAGUCCCAACCCAACUCUGGCAAAAAGGUCCCCUACUUCACCGCUCGUAUCUUCCGCUCUCAAUUUACUUACACCUUUCCACUCAAGGAGUCUGGUCCAAAAUUUGUUCGUUUGCAUUUCUAUUCGGCUCAGUACACGGAUUUCGAUGCCUCUAAAGCUUACUUUGACGUCAAAGCCGGUUCCUCCUUUACCUUACUCAAAAAUUUCAGUGCUAGUCUCGUUGCUGAAAGCUUAAACCAAGAUUCUUUCAUGAGAGAAUUCUGCGUUUACGUAGUCGAGCCAAAUAAAACAUUGAGCUUAACUUUUAUUCCUUCGUCAUCAUCUAAUAAUUAUUCAUAUGCUUUUGUCAAUGGAAUCGAGAUUGUUUCUAUGCCAAAAGAUCUUUAUUACUACGAUUCUAUAGAUCAGCCGAAAUACGUCGGCCUCAUGAAUAAUAAUCAAAUAUUUCGAAUCAAUGAUAAUUUGGCACUCGAGACUAUUGGGAGAAUAAAUAUGGGAGGGAGAUCGAUACCAGGAAGAGAUGACACUGGCAUGUAUAGACAAUGGUCCGAUGUAGGUAGAACAACCUUUCUGACUCGCAAUAAAACCCAUGUGACUGAUCAUAAACCUUUUGUUACUACAAAUUAUACUAAACCUCUCAAAUACUCUGAAUUAAUAAGAAACUAUACUGCACCCGAUGAGGUCUACCAGUCUGCUCUUUUCAUGACAAAUAACUCGACCUACAACAGUCUCCACAAUUUGACUUCCAUCUUACCUGUGGACAGAGGAUUCAAGUAUCUGGUUAGGCUUCAUUUUUGUGAGUUUCAGGAAGAGAUCACUAGGCCCAACGACAGAUCAUUCAGCAUCUACGUAGCCAAUAAUGUGGCCGAGUCAUUCUUUGAUGUUAUUUCCUCCAGCGGGGGUAAUGGAAUUCCGUUCUACCGAGACUACGUGGUAAAUAUUCAAGACCAGGAUUCUAUUUCCAUUGAUUUAGUCCCGCUUGAAAGACUAAGUAGAUAUACUAAUACCAUCUUGAACGGGGUUGAAGUGUUGAAAAUAAGCAAUCACGGCAAUCUCGCUGGACCAAACCCAGAAGUACUCGGCAUAGCAAACCCAUCUUCCGGCACAGAGAAAAAGAGGCAGAAGAAAACAGCGGUAUUCAUUGCCAUUGGGAGUGGCAUGGGCCUACUCACGAUUAUAUUGUGCAUAGUUUGUUGGGUAGUGUUGUGGAGAGUAAAGAAGAGAAGACCCUACAGAGAUUUCCACAAAGGAAAAUCCAACAAAUUUUCAAAAGCUUCAUCGCUGCCCGAAGAGAUUUGCCGCCGUUUCUCACUCUCGGAGAUCAAAACAGCAACCAACGACUUCGAUGAUGAGUUGGUGAUCGGAAGGGGAGGCUUCGGCAAUGUGUUCCGAGGGAUUAUAGACGACGAGUCAACAGUUGCGGUCAAGCGGUUGAAUCCUGAUUCAAGACAAGGCGCACGCGAGUUCGUUACGGAAAUUGAGAUGCUCUCUCAGCUUCGCCACGUCCAUUUGGUCUCCUUGAUUGGUUACUGCGACGACGGCGGCGAGAUGAUCCUCGUCUAUGAAUACGUGGCAAAUGGGACCCUCCGAGACCAUAUUUACGGGUCAAACAAUGACCCGCUUCCGUGGAAGCAGAGACUAGAGAUUUGUGUGGGAGCGGCGCGUGGGCUACACUACCUUCACGCAGGCGUUACAAACACAAUCAUCCAUCGCGAUGUGAAAACCACAAACAUUCUACUGGAUGAUAAUUGGGUAGCCAAGGUUUCAGAUUUCGGAUUAUCCCGAAUUGGUGUAACUGAUACUGUGGUUAAUACUUUAGUCAAAGGAACAUUCGGGUAUUUGGAUCCGGAAUAUGCCAGGAAUAACCAGUUAACAGACAAGUCUGACGUGUACUCUUUCGGAGUUGUAUUGUUUGAAGUCUUGUGCGCGCGAAAAGCGGUGGACGUGAAGUUGGAAGAUGACCAACGCAACUUAGUGUAUUGGGCACAAAAGUGUAUCAGCGAAGGGACACUUCAAAACAUAAUCGACCCGUUUUUGAUGGGUAAGAUUGCCCCAGAAUGCUUCAAGAAAUUCGUAGAGGUAGCACAAAGUUGUGUGCGUGAACAGAGGAUCCAACGGCCCAAGAUGCACGAUGUGAUGGAAAAUUUGGAGUUUGCCUUGACACUUCAAGAACAAGCAGACAAUGUUAAUGAGGAGAGAAAUCCCGGCGGUUUGUAUUCAUAUCCACAGCUCUCAUUCCAUGCCUCGGAUAGAAAUGUUGCCAGGUACGAUGAUAUGUCUGGUUUGCAAAGUACGACCGAUUUGACCUCGUUUGGUUCAAACACAACUGGAUUGAGCUUUCCUACGGUGGAAACAGAAAGUAAUAAUGCAGCAAAUAUGUUUUCGGAGUCCGCUACUUCGAGAUCCACUCAAUGAAAUUAAAAUAGUUGAUAUGGUUUGUAAUAAUAAUAUAAAGCUCAUUAGUUUGACGUUUUUCUUAUUGUUUUACUUUCAUGUUGUGAUCGUAAUAAGCUUGCGUAGUGUCUGUAACGUUGUGUGAUAAUGUAUGCCUGAGAGUAAUUUGCAUGGCCACUAGACCUAGUUUGAAGUUACUGGUUUUUUAAUAUACUAUUAAUUAUUCGUGAGAAUUUGUACGUUAUCUGCAUGGUUUGUUAUAUAUGUAACUACUAAUAAUUAGCUUGCCCUGGUUAAAA